UGGAGAUUGACCACAAACACGCCGGAGCGACUGUUUACUGGAGGUUUUUCUUCCCAGGACUCCCUGGAAGAAGAGAUCCUGUAUCUUAAUAGGGAUAACAAGAGGAGGAAUCAUGCCAAAGAAGACACAGAAGGGAGCAGGGAACACGGAUGAGGAAAACUUCCUGCAGCUUCAGCAGAGAGUUCAGGCUGAACAAGAGAUGUCCAAGAAGAAAGAGGAGACUCUCACUCUGUUUCUGAAGGACAAGCUGCAGAGGGAGGAGAGGUACACGGCCGUGAACCGGCCGAGGGUGAUGGAUGACUGGCGGACGACCCUGCGUCAGACCAAGGCCGCUGAGCUGCGCAGGGAGGCGGAGGUGAUGCGGCAGACGUCCGAGAGGGAGCAGGACGAGCUGGACGCCGUCAUCCAGAAGCUGAACCGUGAGCUGCUGGGGGCGGAGCGUCAGACGGCGCAGGUGCAGUGCAACCACCUGCAGCAUCUGGACCGCCUGCAGACUCAGCAGGAGAGGCAUGUGAGCUGGCUGCAGGAGCGCUGGGAGGGAGCCCUGGAGGAGCUGCGCUCCAGGAACCAUGCUGAGAAGAAGCGGUUUUUGGCUCUGUCCGAGCAGAGAAACCAGAAGUUCGCGGAGCAGGUUGUGGUGGCAAAGCAGCGCAGCUCCGACAUGAUGGAGGACUACCGGAGGCGGCACGAAAAGAUGAUGGCGUUUUGUGAAAGCCUUAUGCCCUUGGACGGCGAUGAGUCGGACGAGCUGGAGGAGCUGGACAACCCCGGGGUUACUUCUUUAGCAAACUCAGUGAGUCCCACAAUGCAUUAUGAUAAGUAG